GUUCCAGAAAGGCUUAUGAAGACCACAAUUUAUUCUCCGAUAGAGGAAACUUUUUAUGCGUCUGGAGUUAAAGAAAUAGAUGCAAAUGGAGAAGAAGUGGAAUCCUUACCAACCAGCCUUAUACCUCAGUCUACUACGUACAAGGUCGAUGUGUAUUGGUGGGGUCUCCGUGACGUCAACAUCACUAGGAAACCGUGUGCUGUUCUCCAAAUAGAUGAGCUUACAAUAAAGUCUGACAUAAUUUGCGAUAAAAAACCCAAUUGCAAUUUCCCCAACGGACGCAUCUCUCAGACUUUUGAAGGCCCUUUAAAUGAAGCUUACAGGUCAAAUUUGGCUGUCAAGUUAUACGACAGCGGUACUUUUGGUCGAACCAUGUUCCUCGGAACAAACGUCAUGAAGAACCCUAACAAGUACAUUGUGAACUGGAUCGCCAAGAGUGAGAGAGAGGCAUCUCUGAAAUCAGCAUCUAUUACGUCGUCAAACUUUUUACAAGAAAAAAACCAGUUCAUCCGCUGGCAAGCUACCGGUGGUCAGGGUCACAGACUGAGGAACCUCCGAACAAUGCGUGCCGUGCUGAGGAUCACCCACGGAGUCUGGAACUGGUCGCCGACAUUCGUUUCUUCGUCGGGUGGUCGCCUCUUGACGUGUCCGUACCACCGCAGACGGCUCUCCUGCAAUUUAGCUGGGAUAGGUCUCACUUUAAAGGACUAUGAAACAGAAGAUAAAGCAAACUUGUCUGAGAAAAUAACGAUAUACAGUUCAGAAUUAGAGCGCCAGCCAGAGUUCUCAAAGUUCAAAGACUGGUGUUCUGCCUUGAAGUUCUACAACGGUAUGAAGUCCGGCAUUCCGGAGAAGGAUGAGCAAUUAUACUGCGGCUUCCUCAAGGUCGGGAUAGCGAUGUACAAGUGGCCUCCGCCGAGCGACACCGUCGCCGUCAGCCCCAGCGGGGUGGAGUUGAAUAACGGAUACUUUGACGAUAUGCCUAGCAACGAUCCAACCCAAUUUCUGGUGAGGGUAUAUUUAGUGAAAGGGAUGGACCUCAAAACAAAAGACUUCACGGGACAAUCUGAUCCGUAUGUUGUGCUCAACUGUGGCAAGAAACGAAUGGGGAAUAGGGAGGAAUUUGUCAAAAACACCGUUAACCCCAUAUUUGGGAGAAUGUAUGAGUUUCGAUGCACAAUACCUGAAGACUACCGUCUGAAGGUUUCUCUCUAUGACUACGAAGCUAUUCAACCUGAUGAGCUGAUCGGUAGCACAGAAAUAGACUUAGAGGACCGGAUCUAUACAAAGCAUAGAGCUCGUAUCGGAUUGUCAUCAGAAUAUAACCUAACGGGUCCUUACAAAUGGAGAGAUAGCAUGAAACCUUCUGAAAUCUUGGAGGAGUUGUGUUUGAAGAACCAUCUAGCAUUGCCUGUAUACCCUGAUAUGAACACUGUUAUUUUGAAUGGAGUGGAGUACAAAGAUAGCGAAAAAGAUAAAGCAUACAUUUCAACUUCAGAGCGAAAAGAAAACAUCUGCUUGAGCCUCCUUCAUAAGUGGCAUACGAUGCCAUUGUGUGGUUACCAUCUUGUGCCUGAGCAUGUAGAGACUAGGAUUCUAUCGAAUCCUGAGAAGACUGGAGUUGAACAGGGUAAAAUAGUAAUGUGGGUAGAUAUGUUCCCACUUGACACAGAGCUGUACAUUCCGCCACCAGUGGACAUCACCCCGCGGAGCGUUGAGGAGUAUGAACUAAGGUUGACUGUUUGGGAUGCUCAGAACUUGAAGCUGGAUGACGGUUCGACCACCAAUAAGAAAGCACCGGACAUUUAUGUGAAAGCAUGGAUAGGUUCUACCAGUCAGGCACAGGAUACAGAUAUUCAUUACCGCUGUACGAAUGGCGAAGGAAAUUUUAAUUGGAGGAUGGUCUUCAAUUUUCAAUACCAGCACGUUGAAAGGAAGAUUGUCGUAAAAGAAAAAGGACCUUUUACUGAAUAUGAAGAACGCGUUCCACCAGUUCUUGUUGUCCAAGUCAUGGAUUCAGAAGCUGUCUUGGCUGAUGAUUUCUUAGGCACAUUAACACUGGAUCUUAACGCUCUGCCCAGAGGAGAGAAACUAGCUCGUCAAUGUACUCUGGAAGCAAUGGAAAAGGCGAAGAAAAUGAAUUUAUUUUCAAUGAGGUCGAUCAGGUGCUGGUGGCCUCUUUGGACAAUCGAUUCUAAUACUGAUAAGAAAACUCUUGCGGGGGUAAUUGACAUUGAAAUGACAUUACUACCUAAAGAGAAGGCUGUGUUGAUGCCAGUUGGAUUGGGAAGAAGUUCUCCCAAUCCUUUACCAGAACCAAAGCGUCCAAGCCUAUCUUCAAUUAUUAUGAACAAGCUCUGGAGCCCUGAUGAAAGUCUUCAACUAACCAUGAAAGUUGUAGCUAUUCUGAUAAUCCUGGUGUUAUUAUUACUGGCUGCGAUAUAUUUUGAUGUUAUGCCCGACAUUGGAUUUCAAAAGUGGACAAGAUUUGUUUUCCGAAAGACCGAAAAAAGAAUAAAACGUGAAUACCCCACAAAAAUGAUGAGAAGCUACCAAAUAAGUUAGUUCAAUCAAAUCAAUGAGAAUA